UGAUAGUUCAAUGGAUAAAAUGAAUAAUGAACUGAAUGUAACUUAUAUUACUUUUGGUGGACAUGUAGAAUUACAGAAAUACAGACUCUUGUACUUCAUAGCUACAUUUACUGUAUACAUUCUGAUCAUUUGCAGCAACUCAACCAUCUUGUGUCUAAUCUGGAUUCAAAAAAGCCUCCAUGAGCCUAUGUACAUUUUCAUCGCAGCUUUACUCUGCAAUGCACUUCUGUUUAGCACCAAUGUUUAUCCAAAACUUCUGAUUGACCUUUUAUCUGACUUACAGGUUACAACUUAUUCAUCAUGUAGAUUUCAGGCUUUUAUUUAUUACUCUUUAAGUGGUUCAGAGUUUCUCCUUUUGGCAGUCAUGGCCUAUGACAGGUAUGUCUCUAUCUGUAAACCUCUGCAAUAUCUAACUAUUAUGAGAAAAACUACUGUGACCACUUUGCUGGUAUUAGCUUGGGUUUUACCAUCCGGUCAGCUUAUACCACCACUUAUCCUGGGACAUACUUCUAAACUCUGCAAUCAUACCUUGAAUGGAAUUUUCUGCAAUAAUGCUGUUACUAAGCUUUCCUGCAUGGGUUCAACAGGGCCCUAUAUUAUAUAUGGUGUUUUUACUUUAAUUAAUACAGUCUUUUUACCUUUUGUGUUCAUAAUUUUUACCUAUAGUAAAAUACUGAUCAUAUCCUAUAGAAAGAGCUCAGAUAUCAGGAAGAAAUCUGUGAAUACCUGUGCUCCACACCUGCUGGUUCUGAUUAGUUUUUCAUGUUUGUGUUCCUAUGAUGUUAUAAUAGCCAGGUUGGAAAUUGAUUUACCCAAAACUGCACAUUCAAUAAUGAGUUUACAGGUAGUUUUGUAUCAGCCUCUUUUUAAUCCAAUAAUCUAUGGCCUAAAGAUGACUGAAAUCCAUAAACACCUGAAAAGGCUUUUCAGUCGAGGCAGAAGCUUUGUAUGUUUUGCACUUUUACGCAAAUGACAUUUAAAAUAGCAAUUUUUUUUGUAAAAAUAGAUUUGAGAUGCACUGAGACAUAAUGUGACUAACUGUAUGUCCUGUCUUUUAUCUCCUUGACAUGAAAAACAACUUAGAACUUAUCAGUUUAACCAUCUUUCCUAGAGAGAGCCACCUAUGGAGCUAAUUUACCUUUGCAUUCUCUAAUAUAGAGAAUAUUUAUAGCUCUGUUUUUCUGUGUUAAUUCUGUUUUGAUUCUGUGUUAAUUGCCUCUGUCCUCUCAAAUUUCCAUUGUCUAAUGUCUAAAUGCUUAUCAAGGAGGAGUGAAAUCUGCAAAGUAUAAGACGUAACAAAAUCAGUUGGGUUUCCUUACGUAUAAUACUUUUAACCAAUCUGUCUGUAAGAUUCAUUGAAUUGUCUUUUUAAAAAGCAUUGAGAUGACAUGUUUUGAAUUGGCACUAUGGAAAUAAACUAAACAGAAACUGAAUUGAAACUGAGCUGUCACAAUUUGGAAAAUACCAAAAUAGAUUAAAUAUAUUUUUCCUGCUUCCUAAAUAUCAACUUGGACAAGAAAAUGUUAAUGGGCUGUCUAAUACUGUACAUCCCUUUCCAGAACAGAUACAACGAUGCAUGUAAACAAUACAA